UUAUCCUACUUUCUGGGAUACUUCAUCAACGCCUCUCAUAAAACUUAGAAAACCGACCUUACAAUGGAGGCAAGUCAACCAAGAUGAAAGCUGGUUCUUUGUAUAUGUUAAUAAUUUUGAUAGACCCCAUCACGUCUGAUCAAGAAAAAAAAAAGAGAAAUAAAACACAUUAAAAUUCCUUUCUCCUCAAGAAGCACCCAGCAAAUAUAGUAGGUGUGCAUCCAGUGAUCAUAGAAUAAAAGUGUUGUUAUCCUGUUAAGUCUUCAUCCCCAAACCUCUAAAGGCUGCAUUCCUUUGGAGGUUUCUAGCCUUAUACCUCAUCGUCCUAUAAUCUUUUUAAAUAAUACAAGUAGGUAAAGUAGUCAAGGCACUCACUGGUUUGAAAACCUGUGAAAGAAAAAAAAGCUUUAUAAAUGGAGUUGACAGCCUCUUCCGUAAAAUUGGGACUUCUGAACCAAGUGAAGUUUUGAAGAUUUUUGAAGACUGGGAAUAAUUCUGUAGCUUCAUAGUUGUACUUUAUUUUUACUCUUCCAUUCACCCAAGCUCCUUCUUUCUAGCAAAUCCCGUUUGUUGGCGGAUAAAAAUACAUCUGCAGAGUCUCCCGGAAGCUGCCCCAUCAGCCUCGUAGACAAGAAGCCUUGUUUUCCUGCACCGCCACAGAAAUGUCUUCCUCCUCCUCCUUCUCCGGCUCACUGGGAUCAAAGUCUUUUUCGUUCUUAGCUGGUUUUCCUUACAGAAAAGCUGGAGUUCAGGGUUCAGUUCAGAGAGGGUGACUCCUUGAGGGCAGACCUAGAGGCGCCGCGCACCGGUCCCGCCUGCAGCCCCGGCAGAGCUGCGCCCCGGCUGCCUGCGCCGCGCGAGUCCGCCAAUAACGCCGAGAAAUCCGUUACCAGGCGGCUGUGUCCCCAAGGGCCAUUCAGGGCGGAAGGGAGCAGGGAAAACCGCUGUGUUGAUUCCCGGGCGCUGUAGGCUGCGAGCGCAGAGGGUCAGGUUACAGGCAGGCAUAAAGGUUGAUAGGAACAAACAGAUAUAAUAAUAAAUGCAAAGCUUUCCUACCUCCCCGGUAGGGGCGGCGAGAAGAUGUAGCCAAUGUUCACUAUACUGGCUUCCUGGAAAGAAUCCUUGGAAGUCUCCCGCCGCCUCGCCCUUCUGACCGCCCAGAUUUCAUCAAGCCCCGGGAAGGCUCCACAAGGUCCAGAGGAACUGAGCCAUUUUCUGGCUCGUCGAAGACAAAUCCACCGGGCGGGGGAGGGGGGCAACUCGUGGGAGGCCCCAACUCACCGGAAGGGUGCCCUGGGAGGCGAACCUGGGGUUUACUUCGAAGAGCUCGCCUCGAGGUGCAGGUGAUGGGAGAAUGGGGCGGGGGUUGAUUAAAAAAUGUUCUUCCUUUCUUAAAAAGAGGAGGGGGAAGAGCAGACUUUAAAUUCUUUUGCAAACAUUCAUGCCUAAGGAAGGGCUGGAACAGGCAGCCCCGGCCGCCGGAACCGGUCGGACAGGUAGCGAGCUUGUUGACACCGUUAUGUUGCAGGGCGCAUGCUCACUCCCAAGUUUCCUGGUGCCUUUUCUAUUCCACCUUAUGAAACUUUUUCCCCGGCGUGGUCUCACUCGCGAUUUAAGGCAUAGGUGUCGCCCAGCCGGGAGGCUGGGAGUCGCCAGGCGUGCGGGGGAGAGGCCUGGGCCGCGCCGCGGCGGGGGGUGGAGGAAGAGGGCAGGCGAGGCGGGAAGGUGGGCUCUGGCCGCCGGGAGCCGGGGACGGAGCCGCCGCCGUCGCCCCUAGCGGGGAGCAGCCGGGAGGAGGGGGCCGCGGUCGGGAGAGGGGACCCCACCAUGCCCAAAGUCUUCCUGGUGAAGAGGAGGAGCCUGGGGGUCUCGGUCCGCAGCUGGGAUGAACUCCCGGAUGAGAAAAGGGCAGACACCUACAUCCCAGUGGGCCUGGGCCGCCUGCUCCACGACCCUCCCGAGGACUGCCGCAGCGACGGCGGCAGCAGCAGCAGCGGCAGCGGCAGCAGCAGCGCGGGGGAGCCUGGAGGAGCCGAGAGCAGCUCGUCCCCGCACGCCCCCGAGCGCGAAACCCCCGAGCCUGGCGACGCCGAGGGCCCCGAUGGACACCUGGCGGCCAAGCAGCGCCCGGUCGCCAGAUCGAAAAUCAAGUUUACCACAGGCACAUGCAGCGACUCGGUGGUUCACAGCUGCGACCUGUGUGGCAAGGGCUUCCGUCUGCAGCGCAUGCUGAACCGUCACCUCAAGUGCCACAAUCAGGUGAAAAGACACCUGUGCACCUUCUGCGGCAAGGGCUUCAAUGACACCUUCGACCUGAAGAGGCACGUCCGCACCCACACAGGUAUUCGUCCCUACAAAUGCAACGUCUGCAAUAAAGCCUUCACCCAGCGCUGCUCUCUGGAGUCCCACCUGAAGAAGAUCCACGGGGUGCAGCAGCAGUACGCCUAUAAGCAGCGGCGGGACAAGCUCUACGUCUGCGAGGAUUGCGGCUACACGGGCCCCACCCAGGAGGACCUGUACCUUCACGUGAACAGUGCUCACCCGGGCAGCUCGUUUCUCAAAAAGACAUCGAAAAAACUGGCAGCCCUUUUGCAGGGCAAGCUGACGUCCGCACACCAGGAGAAUACCAGCCUGAGUGAGGAGGAGGAGAGGAAGUGAGGAGAAGGAAGGGGAGGACAGACGUUCACACUGCCACGUAUGUCUACGUGGAUUUUUGGUUUUCAGCGUCCCCUACCCUGCUGGCUCUUCUUAAUUAGAAGUGACCAGUUCACCUCUGUGUCCUUUUGAAACAUCAGCAGUAGGGUCCGUUCCAAGGUUGUCAGUUACCGUAGUGACAUCAGGCCCUGUAACCUGUGUCCUUUCUGGCGCAGUUGCUCGCAUUCACCAAAGUUUGUUUCCAAUGAUCCUGAUGGCCAAGAACACCGUGUGGGAUUUUUUUUUUUUUCCCCCAAGGAUUUUCACACAUGGAAGGAGAGGUAUUUCUUAGAGAGAUCAUCAUUUUAUGGUGCCUUGAAAUAAAAAUACUUCUACUUGAAAUGCUGUUUAAGCAAGGAAAAUGAAUUUUGUUAUUCUGAAAGAGUUUACAGAAACUAUUUUAAUAAAUGAAAUGUUCUUGUGAAGCUUUUAAAAGCAAAAUGGAACAU